CGGCGGCGCGGGCCGAGUGCGCGGCGCAGCGUCCUGUGCUGGAAUGUGCGGCUCCCGCGAGCUCGCGGCGCAGCAGCAGACCGAGCGCCGCCGAGGCCGCGGGCCCCAGACUCGGGCGGCCGGGACCGCAGCGACGGCAGGACCAGGGCCGGCGGUCUGAUCCCGUUCCGCGAUCGCACACCGGGUCGCUUAGGGCCUCGACGCCCAACUUUUCCCGGCUCUCCCUCCCCUCCCCCGAAAGUCCAGCAACAAAGAAAAGGAGUUGGAGCAGCGGCGGCGACGCGGGGGCGGCGGUCCGUGGCCGCGCAGCUAAGAGGCAUACAGUUAUGGCCACCCAGGUGAUGGGUCAGUCUUCUGGAGGAGGAAGUCUCUUCAACAACAGUGGCAACAUGGGCAUGGCCUUACCCAACGACAUGUAUGACUUGCACGAGCUCUCCAAAGCUGAACUGGCCGCACCUCAGCUCAUCAUGUUAGCCAACGUGGCCUUGACUGGGGAAGUGAGCGGCAGCUGCUGCGACUACCUGGUUGGUGAAGAGAGACAGAUGGCCGAGUUGAUGCCGGUUGGAGACAGCAACUUUUCUGAUAGCGAAGGAGAAGGCCUCGAAGAGUCGGCGGAACUAAAAGGGGACCCCAGUGGGCUGGAAAACGUGGAACUGAGAAGUUUGGAGCUAAGUGCUGUAGAACCCCAGCCUGUAUUUGAACCAUCAGCUGCCCCAGAAAUGUACAGCGCAGCAAAUAAAGACCCCCCUCCUGAAGCACCCGUGGCAGAGGACAAAUGCAGGAAUUUGAAGGCCAAGCCCUUCCGCUGUAAGCCGUGCCAGUACGAGGCGGAGUCUGAAGAGCAGUUCGUACAUCACAUCAGGGUUCACAGUGCUAAGAAGUUUUUUGUGGAGGAAAGUGCAGAGAAACAGGCCAAAGCCAGGGAAUCUGGGUCCUCACCAGCUGAAGAGGGCGAGUUCUCCAAGGGCCCCAUCCGCUGUGAUCGCUGUGGUUACAAUACCAACCGGUACGAUCACUACACAGCACACCUGAAGCACCACCUGAGAGCCGGGGAUAACGAGCGCGUCUACAAGUGCAUCAUCUGCACGUACACCACCGUCAGCGAGUACCACUGGAGGAAGCACCUGAGAAACCACUUUCCCAGGAAAGUCUAUACCUGUAGCAAGUGCAACUAUUUUUCAGACAGAAAAAAUAAUUACGUUCAACAUGUUCGAACUCAUACAGGGGAACGUCCUUAUAAAUGUGAACUUUGUCCUUACUCAAGUUCUCAGAAGACUCAUCUAACUCGACACAUGCGCACUCACUCAGGUGAGAAGCCUUUUAAAUGUGAUCAGUGCAAUUAUGUGGCCUCUAAUCAGCAUGAAGUGACCCGACAUGCAAGACAGGUUCACAACGGGCCGAAACCUCUUAAUUGCCCUCACUGUGACUACAAAACAGCCGAUAGAAGCAACUUCAAAAAACAUGUUGAGCUGCAUGUUAACCCACGGCAGUUCAACUGCCCCGUGUGUGACUACGCAGCUUCCAAGAAGUGUAAUCUACAGUAUCAUUUCAAAUCUAAGCAUCCCACCUGUCCCAGCAAAACGAUGGACGUCUCCAAAGUGAAGCUAAAGAAAACCAAAAAGAAGGAGGCUGACCUGCUUCACACUGUCACCCACGAGAAGACAGAGGCUGAACAAACGAAAACAAAGGGUGAUGUGUGUGGGAAGAAAAAUGAGAAACCCGUGAAAGUCGUGGGAAAAGAUGUUUCAAAAGAGAAGAAGCCUUGUAGCAGUGACUCGGUGGUCCAGGUAACUACUAGAACUCGGAAGUCAGCAGCAGAGACUAAGGCAGCAGAGCUGAGACACCCAGAUGUACAAACAGGAAACAAUCCAGAAAAGUCCUGUAAAGCCAAGAAAAACAAAAGAAAGAUGGAUGCCGAGGCCCAUUCCUCAGAUGAGCCUGUGAAUGAGGGACCAGUGACAAAAAAGAAAAAGAAGACAGAGAGCAAAUCCAGAAACAGUACCGAAGUGCCAAAGGGUGGCAGCAGAGUGGAGGAGAGGAAGGGGGACAAAAAGCAAAGUACUUCUGUUAAAAAAGGUGCAAAGAAGACGACUCUCAAGACUAAGACAAGUAAAAAAGGUGGCAAACUUGCUCGGAAGGGGGUGGGGCAGACAGAACCUCCUUCCUCUACGUUGGCACAAGUUGGGGUGUCUCCAGUCCCUGCACUCCCUCAAGCGGUGGCCACCCUGUCAGGAUCUACUCAGACAGAGCCUCCUUCUCCCAUGGAUACUGCUCAGACAGAGCCUGCUCAGAUGGAGGGCUCCCAGACAGGGCCUCCUCAGGUGGAGCAACCUCUUCCCGGGGAGCCUGCUCCAACGGAGCCAUCUCCUCCUGUGGAGCCUCCUCAGGUAGACCCACCUUCCUGCCAGGAGUCUCCCCAGAGGGAGCCUCCCCCUGCCAUGGAGCUUGCUGAAGUGGAAACAUCUCCAAUGGAGCCUUCCCAGAUGGAACCACCUCCCAAUAUGGAGCCUCCCCCUUCCAAUCUGGAGCCUCCCCCUCCCAUGGAGCUGCCUCAGGUGGAGCCACCUCCUAUGGAGGAUUGUCAGAAAGAGCUGCCUUCUACGGAGCAUGCUCAGACUCAGGUUGCUCAGACAGUCCCUACUCAGGAGGGAUCUGUUCAGGAGGAACCCUCUCCUGUCUCAGAGCCACUUCAAGUCAAGCCAACCAAAAGGUCGUCUCCCCGAAAAGACAGUGCAAAGGAGAAGUGGAACAUGCUGAGUGAGAUGGCACGGCAGGAGCAGGUCCUUAUUGAAGUCGGCCUAGUGCCUGUGAGAGACAGCAAGCUUCGGAGGGCAAGCAAGAGUGCACAGGACCUCCCGGCCCCACCUUCACCGCCGCCAACGGGAAACCAAGAAAUGGUCUCUGAAGGGGAAGGAAAUAAAGUAUCCCCUUUCAAGAAAGUGAGAACAGAGGAAGCCUGUGAGAGUCUAGCUGAGCUCGCUGCUCCCAAGGAGUCCACCAGUGUUUCAUCCUCUGAACAAAACUCACAUGUGCCAGAUGGGGAAACAUUACACAGCAAGUGUCAGGCUGGCUCCACUGGGGUUUGUGAAAUGGAAGUGGACACUGAGCAGAAGACAGACAGUGUCCCUGUGAAAGACUUAGUAGAGCCAGUGUCACCUCUUACUCCAACAGUGGAACGUGAAGCCGAGUCACCAGCUGUAAUGGCUUCCCCUCCUAUCACUUUGGCUGGAAAUGAGUCUCAGGAAAUUGAUGAAGAUGAAGGCAUCCAUAGCCAUGAUGGAAGUGACCUCAGCGACAACAUGUCAGAGGGAAGUGAUGACUCAGGGCUGCACGGGGCCCGGCCAGCGCCACAUGAAACUACAUCAAAAAAUGGAAAGGCAGGGUUGGCUGUUAAAGUAACUGAGGGAGAGUUUGUUUGUAUUUUCUGUGAUCGUUCUUUUAGAAAGGAAAAAGACUAUAGCAAACACCUCAAUCGCCAUUUGGUGAAUGUGUACUUCCUUGAAGAAGCAGCUGAGGAACAGGAGGAGCAGGAGUAGCUGAGCCUCGGGAGAAGCACAGUGUGGACCUUCGUAAGCCUGCCUCUAAUAAUUUUCGUUUGACUGUAGACAAAUGCAAGCUUGCUUUAAUUAGUCUCCAGUGCUGAGUUUUCAGUAAAUAACAUUCUUUUUCUUAGGACUGUACAUCUGUUUAGUGAUUGCUGCAUAAAUCUUAGCACAUCCUAGGGAGUUAAUGUAAGAAAACAGAUCCGUAACUAGUUCGUGCAGUCAGGUGAAAGGAGAGUAAGAUAAGAUGGUGGAACAGGCCAUUUGCGCUGUCUGCCUACAACCUGUCAGGUUUUCUGUUCUUUUCACUGUAGUUCCUAAUUUUUAGUUCCUUCUUUAGAUUGAUAAAAAUUGGCUUAGUAAAUUACUUGAAUUUGCCUGCUUUAUAUAAAUAAAGUUAGCACUUUACAGUUUCUUUAGAGAUGAAAAAAGAGAUUUAAAUUGGAGAGAAAUUCUCAACAUUGGACAUUGUAUCUGUCCAGGUAAUUGCUUCCUAACUUGCUAUCAAUAUUUUGUGUUUAUAUGUUAAUUGUUAUAAAAAGUGAUUUUUUUUUUUUUUGUAUUUUUUUAUUUUGGUGCUUUUCUGGCUUAAGAUGUUGCACAUGGUUCUUGUUUUUGUUUCUUUAACCUAUGCAGUUAAUCUCCCUUGCCCCGAGAAACAGCAUUGUGUUAAGUAGUAACACUCUAUACAUAUAUGCAUGCUUUUUGUUUUUUCCCUUUUUGGAGGGAUACUUUUAGGCUUGUUUGCAAAGAGCCAUUUUCCUUUUCUUUGCUGCAAUAGUCUUUUUUUUUUUGCAGAACAAUAGUGUGUGCAAGUUUAUAAGCAAUGGAACAUGCAGGUUCAAUCCAUUGUUUUGGUUUUUGUUUUGCUUUAUUAUUUUUUUAUUUUAUUUUGAAUUUCACCUCUUAUCUAUGCCGGAAUUAGUUGCAUAUAAGUUAUUUUGAAUGGUAAGGAUAUGUGUAAUUCCACGGCUUUCCAGUCUGAUUUUUUUUGUUGUUGUUGCAGUAAGCCACUAGAUGCAUAUUGAACAAAAUUUGUCUCAAAAAUUAGCCACCAGAGUUACUUUGCUGUUUCUAGCUUAUUACCGAGUGAUCAUCCUCUGAGGAGUUUGCUUCAGUAGAUGGUUGAUGUUGGGAUGCUAUUCUACUGAGUAGAGAACUCCAAGUGAUAUUUGGAAGCAGCAAACCUGCCAUGAGACGUAAUUAUCCUUCAGACUGUAGACUAUCAGUUGUGAGAAAGCCAUUGUGGUCACAUGACUAGUCUAGUUGAAAGUGCUGAGUACCAGCCAGCAGCUGCUGCUGCUGCCAGUCAGUACCGAAAAGGCUGAUGUUAACGAAGUGCAGUCCGGAUUGUCAGCAUCCUAUUUCUCAGGGAUCGCCACAAACUAGUGGGUGUCCUCGCUGUCCCUGUGAGACAGCCUCUGUACAGGAGAGUCCUUAAGUGGAUUGUACCUGUCCUGGUAUUCCUCUUGGGGCACUAUGAGAAACUACAUGUACUCCAGAACGGGUUCUCUGUGUUCUCCAGAGGAUGAAAGUGCCCAACAUGGACUUUUCUUACUGGUAGUAGUAUAUUAAGUGUGAUCCCAGUAGGGAUAUGUGACAUUUUGAUGGAAUAACCUCUGUGUAUUUCAUUUAUUUUACCUGGCGAUCUCUGAGCAGGCUUCAGAUGUUGACAGUUGAUGAACGGUGUUAACAAGCAUUAAUGUGUGGGUGAAGGGCUUGGUGAAAUUCUGAGUGAAGUUUUAGUUCAAGUUGGUUAAACUUGGAAUUGACUGGGAGGCCAAAGAUUUAAAAAGUAGAAGAUUUUCUCAAGACACAAGUUGUGUGAUAAUGGUGUGUGUUUUGUGUGUGUGCAUGAGACUUGGUAAAUGUUGAAUUCUAGGCUCCGACAAUCAUUGUAGUGCAGAUCAGACUGCAAGUAUUUAUGUUUUAAAUUUAAAUUAUAAAGCUAGUUAAGUCUUUCUAACAACUAGUUUUAAUGUUCAUGAGCAGAUUUUGCCUACAUUACCUUUUCAAGAUGUUGAAAAAGAUGCUUCCACAAGCACAGGUUGGAAGCUGGGAGCUGGUUGGUUCUAAGAAGAGGUUUUUGUGGAUUCUUUGUUGCAAAGGAAAACAAUGCCUUCUGGGGAUUGACUAAGUUUUAAUCUAGUCUUUAAGAUUAGAAUUAAAAAAAAAAAAACAAAAACAAAAAUACAAGGGAAAUGAAACCUCAUUAAAUUAGUCUUUAAAAACAUUGUUACCUGAAAUUGAGUGGGACUUUUGAGGGCUUUCUUCCAGAAAACAAGGACUGGGUCCUCAGGCCUAUAUUAGGCCUGACCCUUGGUGCCAUGUAUUUGUACUUAAAAUCAUUUCAGUGGAAAGUAUCUUAGUGAUUGAAACUUGUAGUACAGUUGGGAGUUCUUCCAUUUGAAAACUGAUACUUGCAUGGGAUUGUUUGAAUCUUGUUUUCUGGUCUCUCCCCUUUCCCAUUACUACCCUCAUAGUCUGAAGGUAGAUUUUUCUCUUGAUAAAGGAACACAAAAAUGAACAUCUUACUUGUAAAUCGAUAUCUAGUACCUAGUGGUAAACUUGAAAUGGUAGAAUUCUUUACAGCCUAAUCCUAGGUAGCCUUAGAGAAAUGUAUCAUAAUUAUUUUUUUGAACCUGUAUUCACCUUGUCUUUUCAAGAUAUCUUAAGUUAUAUUUUCUUUUUCAGAGCUGCUUUUUAUUUUGGGGCUACUUUUUUUUUUUAAACUGAGGGGUAAUUCAUAAAAGGCUAUGUUACUUUGAUGAGACCUUUACAACUUUAUCAGAUUGUCUUUUUCUAGUCUUCCAAGGAUGGUCAUUUUGCUUUUUUAGAUUUACUUUUAAAGUCAUGACAUGGCUCCUUCAAAUGGAAAGUAAUGCAAAGUAAAGCCCAUGCUCCCCUCGUCUGCUUCACUCUGAAUGUGGACAACAGAAGAAAUGCCUUGCUGUUAGCACGGAAAUGCUGAAGAAACUCUGCUUUCUUUGCAAAAAAUCAAGGUACAUCUAGGGUUUCCUGGUUGACUGAGCACAUGAGGUGAGCUGAUAGUCUUAGUUCAGAGUGAUCUGAUUGUAUAGAUUUUCAGUCUGUACUGCUGGCUAAGUGUGAUAGCCUCUACAGUUCUGUGUAUGCCCAUAGGCUCCUGUUAGUUACUGAACUCUUAAAACUGGUAUUGUGACAUUACAACAAUGUUUUGCGCCAAUUUUAUAAACCUUUACAGUGCAAUAUGUGUUACUUUUCUAAGGCAAACCAAAGGUAUAUUUCUCAAGGUUCUGCUGCCUUCAGCAGCAUUUGAUGGAGGAUUUUUUUUAUAUACAUUUGUAAUAGAUAGAGAUGAAACAGAUUGCAGUUUGUUUUUUGUUACUUUUUUUUUUUUUUUUUAAAUUGUAAACCAUGUACCAAGUUUCUGGUCAAGAUCGUGUAGGAUAAGUUAAACAUAAUUGCAUUCUAUUAACCAAUAUGAGUGUAUUUCUUAUACAUAUAGUUACAUUGAAAUAAAGUU